AUGCCCAUCACGCUGGACACCCAAAUUCUGGACCUUGGCAGGGCCCACUUCCACUUCACCUCCAGGGACGGUGGCAAGACGUUCAAGGCCAUCGGCACCCCUGGGAAUACGACCGGAUUCGACCAGGAGAUCCUGUUCCACCCCAAGCAGCCUGAGUGGAUUCUGGCCAAGACACGCCGCCCCAGCUGCUCCUGGUACAUGCGGAGCUCCGCCUGCGGAUACGAUCUAUACCUGACACAGGACUUUGGAACAUCCUGGCGUAACCUGACUGAGGCUGCAAGCGGGCGGGUGUCCAGCUUCCGUGACUUUGACUGGGGAGUCAGCAUGCCAAUGUAUGCGGGGAAGCCCACCCCCGACGAGGCCAUCUUUGCCACCGUUUUUGCGGGGGAUGCGGGCGCCAAGGGCCUCUACCCUGGCUGGGACAAGGACCUACACUACGUGGUCAGCCUCGACUUCUUUGUCAGCCCCGUGGCGCGCAUGGUCCCCUGCGGCAACCUGUUCGAGGUGGUGGCCUCCAAGGUCUUCCUGGCCGUGCCCUCCGACUGCCCGCUGGGCGCCGACGGCAAGGCACGCAGCGUGCCGUCCCGCAGCGUGGCUGGGCGCACCGUCACGCUCUACGUCUCGGACUGGGACGGCGACGACUUCACUGAGGUCUGCCUGCCCAGCAACCUGGAGGACGAUGGGUACAACAUGGUGGAGACCCACGACAGCGCGGCGGCCUUUGUGCUGGCGGACCACGCCGAGCCGGGGAGUCGGGGCCCCACCUCCGACUCGCCCACCUCCGACGCCUACGCGCCGGCCUACAACGCCUCCAUGCACACCCUGUCCCUGCGCAACGUCUUCCGCCGCGACUUCCUCGCCGACUUCAUGCGCGUGGAGGGCCUGCCGGGCAUGUUCAUCGCCAACCGCGUGGACCCGUUGACGGUGGCCACCGGCGCCGUGGCCGACUACGGCGCCUACCUCCAGACGGUGGCCACGCGCAACGGCGGCGCGGACUGGUCCCGCCUGCCCCUCCCCACCUCCUUCCGCUACGCGCAGUGCGACGCCUGCCCCGCCGGCGCGCUGCGCGACCGCUGCAGCCUGCAUCUGCACGGGCCGACGUCGUGGGCGUCGCCGGCGGGGCCCCGCCCCAACCUGUACAGCUCCGCGGCGGCGCCGGGCCUGCUGCUGGCCACGGGCAACACCGGCCUGCACCUGGACACCAAGCCCUCGGCGGCGGCGGCCUGCACCUGGGCCUCGCGCGACGGCGGGCUGACCUGGCAGGACGUGGCGGACCGGCCCUACAUCUACGAGAUCGGCGCGGGGGGGGACGCGGUGGUGGCGGCGGGGCACGCCUCCGACGGCCCCACCGCCAAGGUGCGCUUCACCACCGACGCCGGCGCCUGCUGGCACGAGGUGGACCUGCCGGAGGCCAUCCUGGUGACCAACAUCCGCGUGGACCCGGCCUCCGCCGGCACCGUGUUCAUGGUCCAGGGCAGCGCCUGCACGCGCACGACUCGGCACCCGGACUGCACCUUCCAGGGCGGCGUGUCGCCGCCGGGCAAGCUCUUCUACGGCUUCCGGCGCUCCUGGGGCGGCAACGCCUCCUGCGAGGCGCUGCCGGGGCUGGAGGCCGCCUCCUGCGAACGCUGGGGCAACGGCGUGUACGAGGCUUCGCACACCCACCUCCGCCUCGUGCACGGCGACGUGUGCAUUGUGGCGGUGGUGGGCGGUGUGGUCUGGACGCAGUGCCUACCGCCGGCGGCGCGCAAUGAGUGGGCGGAGCGGGCCUCGCCCGCGCUGGGCGUCGCCGCCUCGGUCCUCUGGGCGGGGGUCGACGCCGUGAUCGGCGCCUGGGACUGGGCGCGCUUCAAGUGGGCGGAGCUGACGCACCGCGGCGCGGCGCGGGAGGCCUACUUCGAGCCGCUGUCGGACCGGCUGGACGUGGACCCGGAGGACCACCGCUCGCCCCCCUUGUUCAAUGGGCCGUGA